GUGAAAGCUAACAGGACGCUGGUGGAGAGCAGCCGUCUGCGCACAGAGCUCAGUGAAGUGUGUCUGCAGCUGCAGCGAGCGCCGCGCUGGAUUACCAUCACACACAGGUCUGUCCAGCAGAGGGCAGCGUGAGACCGAGCGUCAGUCCUCGAUCGGUCUGCACUGUCAAGAUCACGCCUCUGUCAACCAUGAAAGGAUCUCCUGACCUGAUUCCCUCCGCAGAUCUGGACCCCAGCAGAGUGUGCAAAGGGAAAGGAGUCGUAACCCUGCGGGCCACCCUCGUCCACAUAGACGAUGAGGACAGCAUCGGUGAAGAGCCAAACGUCAUCACAACGCCAAGUGGCUGGACAAGCCAGAUUAAUGGAGACAGCUCUAAAGCAGGAUUGGCUGAGGGAGGCAGCAACAUCACAGCUGAUUUACCUCCUGUAAACAACACUCAGUGCCAGGCCAACUCACCAGAAAGCAUAAAAGAAAAUCAGGCUCCAGCCUCCACUAGUGUCCAGUACUGUUUCACACCAUCCUCCGUCUAUCCCUGCACUAGCACAGUUAACCCCACCAUAGUCCUGCUGCAGCACAACAGAGACCCAACCCCAGAAAGGGACAAAAGCCCUGAUCCAGGAAGACACUCGGUUAGUCCGGUCCCGGACAUGGAUGGGAAGAGGCUGCGACUAUCGCUGCACUCCCCUGUCCUCAGUCCUAUCAACAAGCCCAUUGUUCCUGUACGGAACACUGAAAAGUCCAAAGACUGGUACAAGACCAUGUUCAAACAGAUACACAGAAUACCUGAGGCUAUUGAGGAAAACCCUUAUCGCCCCACCUACAUUUUCCCUGACAACUAUGACAUUCAGAUGAAAUCAAAAGAUGACGGUCCAAACCCUUACGGCUACUUUGAAGAUGUUAAAGGAGUCCCACGCUCAAAAAGUGACGCUGAGGUCGAUUCGAGAGGCCGGUCGAUGCCGGUGCCAACACGAUCCUCUUCCCUCAAACCUCCUGCCAAAAGGAACGAGUGGGAGCCCCCGGAUAAGAAGGUAGACACCAGGAAGUACCGCGCCGAGCCCAAGAGCAUCUUUGAGUACGAGCCGGGGAAAUCGUCAGUGCUGAAGCUGGAGAGAACGACUCAGGAUGUAAGUCCGGAGGAUGUAGAUUUAGAGAAUGAGCCUUGGUAUAAAUUCUUUUCAGAGAUGGAGUUUGACAAAGCGAGUGCCCCCUCUUUCAGCCCCCUGGAAACAGCCUCCGACCUGCAGCAGUACUCCUCGAGCAAGUCUGGACACAGCGAGGUGGAGAAGGACGGAGGAUCAUCCACAGGCGAGCCUGCGGCUCCAGAAUGCGACCGCCAUGUUUACAAGAGUGUCCUAGAAGGCGGCGACAUUCCCUUACAAGGUCUACGGGCCCUAAACAAGCGCCAAGGCAGCCCCUCCUCCUCUAAAGUGGAUUAUAAAGGUGGGAAUGGCUAUAUAAUUUCACCCUGCUCCUCUGUAAAUAGUCGAUCAGUUCUUGCCAGUAAUGCAAUAGGUAACCAGUGUAAGAGUAAGAAGCCUCUAUCUGCUGCCAAAGCCUGCAUACCCCAAAUCCUGCCCUCUAAGUUCAAGCCCAAACUGCUGCCGCCCAGUGGUGACAGCCAGGACAGCAGGACUAAACCUGUGAGGCACCCAAAGGCUCACAGCUGUGAGGCUCUGUAUACAGGGACAUGUGAUCCAGACUGUGCCGGAGCCGAGGAGAAGGAGAGUGGACAGCAUUCAGGCUCCGAGUCCAGCUGUGGCACUGAGUGUGCAGACGGCCUCAGGAAUGUUUCCCCUGCAAUUAGGAGGAGUGCAUCUGAGUUUUCGAGCCUAUACAGGACCAUGCAUCACAUCCAGCGGCCCAGCUCAGCUGGCUGCAGCCCUAACGGCAGCGUCCGCAGCCUGGCCUCUCUUUUUGAGAGGGCAAAGGGCGACGGGGCUGAAAGGUCAGAGGCUGAUGACGGGGGUAACAUUCCACGGGACGCUGUGUUGUCACGGGUCAGCGAAUUUGAAAUGAUCAUUCAGCGGUCCAGCUCGGCGCCCAGUCGCUCCUCCUCCCUGCCCACCCUGCACUCCAGCCACAGUCAUAGCCACAGCCACAGCCCCGCCCACCUCUACAUGGCGUCUGCAGUGUCAGCGGAGUCCCUUUUGGUAGCUGACACCACCCAAACGAAUGCCUGCUCCCCGGUGGAGACAGAGGACAGGCGCACCGGGGACGAGGGCUUCUCACCAGGCAGUGUGACUGUGGAGGAGGUCUUCUCCUCUCCAGAGGGUGGACACAAUGUCAGGACUGAUUCCCCCUCUGCCACUGAGGCAGAGGUCGAACAGAUCUUCAGGAACAGUUCUCCAGAACUGGUCCACCCAGCUGUCAGUGAGUCGAAGAGUCCCUUAACACUGCUUACAGCGUCCCCUCCACAACACAACCACAACCACAACCACCACCACCAGCACCACCUCCUGCACCACCCGAACCAUCACCUCCACCUCAAACCCAGCAAAUGCAAAGGUUCCUGCCCAGCCUCCUACACCCGCUUCACCACCAUUCUCAGGCACGAGCGCCAGCGGGCCACAGCGCAGCAGGAGCGGCCUCCACCUGCGGAGAAGAAGACCACGCUGCCUGGGACCCUCUUCCUUAUGGGCCCUGCUCCCUUCAGGUUACGGAAAAACCCGCAGUCCCACCAGGCACGGAGGAGCCUGUUAGCCACCAAGGUGACAACGAGCACCCACAGGGCCUGCAGCGUGUCCCCUGAGCCCCGACCUCUGAUCCCUCAGCGCCUAUCCUCCCUGGAAGUCCUGGAGAGGCUGAGUAACGGGGAGGGAGACAACACUGACCACCUGAGUAACGGGCAGGGCUACGACGCCAACGGGAACCUACUGCAGCCGCUGGCAGCUCACCGCAGAGACUCGUCCCCAGCACACGGGGAGAGCCCGGAUGAAGUGUUGAGGAGGCGUCAUGGGGACAAAGAGAAAAUCUUGGAGGAGCAGCGGCGGCUAAAGCGGGAACAGGAAGAGGCUGACACAGCGUCGAGGCGACACACGGGCAUUGUGCCGACACACCACCAGUUCAUCACCAACGAGCGCUUCGGAGAUCUGCUCAACAUCACAGAUAACUCGGAGAAAAGGAAAUCGGGCGUAGAGAGAACUCCAGCUAUGGCACGCUUCGACUUCAGAGCAGAAACUCUAAAGGAGUUACCGUUUCAGAAGGGUGACAUCGUGUACAUCAUCCGACAGGUGGAUCAGAACUGGUAUGAAGGAGAGCAUCACGGGAGAGUUGGAAUUUUCCCUCGAAGUUACGUUGAGCUCCUGCCACCCACAGAAAAAGCCCAGCCAAAGAAAAGCGUCCCAGUACAGGUGCUGGAAUACGGAGAUGCUAUUGCCCGCUUCAACUUCGCUGGAGACACAGUGGUGGAAAUGUCCUUCAGAAAGGGAGAGAGGAUCACGCUGAUUCGUAGGGUUGAUGAGAACUGGUACGAAGGCAAAAUCUCAGGCACCAACCGUCAAGGUAUCUUCCCCGUCACCUACGUAGAAGUGAACAGACGGCCUCGCGUCAAAAACGGGUUGGAGUAUCUCGACCCUCCCGUCAGCCAGUCCCCACAGCGCAGCACCAACGCCUCUCCUCUGCUGUACCGUAACCGCCUGACCACCUCCCCCCUACCCCUCCCUCGCUCCCCCCGCCGCUCCGUGUCCCCCGAGGUGCACGCCAUCUCCAGCGAGUGGAUCUCCCUGACCGUGGGAGGCGGAAGCCCCCCUGGAGCCCCCACCCCUCCCCUGCCUCCGCUGCCCACGGUAUCGUACCGUUGCGGCGAGUACCUGCCCCCGCCUUACUCUGCCAGCCCCGUGCCUCUCAUCACCGGCAGCCCAUACUGCGUCUCCCCCAUGGCCUCACCAUCUGCCUCCCCUCUGCCCCCGCCCUACCCGCCCAGGCCCAACUCCACCACACCCUUCCUCACGUUCACCCCGCCUCAGGGCGAGGACUUCCUGCUCUCCCCUCCCUCCUCACGUCUGUCGCGCAGCAUGAGCCCCUGUGGCGGGCCGGUGCUGGAGGGCUGGCUGAGGGGGGAGAAGGAGUUGACAGAGGGGGAAGGCGCAACCCCGGGCAGCAGAAAUAGCCCUGCAGAGCUUGUGAAGAAUGAGAUCGACCAUCACGGACGAACCUCUAGAAGCCCUGUGAUGCUGUUCGACAUCCAGGAUAACAACAAUGUUAACUCAUUUGCGGAGGCAGUAUGUAAUGAGAUCUUAAAUAUAGCUGAGACCUCGGUGAGGUACUGCAGCACCCUGUCCCACCACCCUCAUGACUCUGUUCACAGACUGCACCCGCACCCCAGUAAACAAUCUCUCAUCAUUUCCCAGCAACCCCAGUCCCACAGCAGCAGCCCGGAGCCGAACCGUCUCAACUGUGGAAUUUUCCAGGCGCUGUACAGUUACGCGCCGCAGAACGACGACGAGCUGGAGCUCCAGGAGGGAGAUCUCGUCAGCGUCAUGGAGAAGUGCGACGACGGCUGGUUUGUCGGUACGUCAAGGAGGACAAAACAAUUUGGGACUUUCCCGGGGAAUUACGUGAAGGAGGUGAAACUGUAAAGCUAUCUAAUCUUGCUGUAACACAUGGUUGCCUGUCAAGCUUGGGAAGUCAUUACUAUCGCGCAUGGCUGUUGGUUAGAGUAGUCAUUUAGCCAGGCGAAUCCAUUUUGUCUGGGAAAGUGAUCGGUUGGGUCUGAGGUAUGUCAAACUGCACGAGGCGAAGACAGAGACUGUUGGCUCACUGCCCGAACCUCAGAAUGGUGUAUACCUUGACCACAUCUUACACACUUCUUGGCAGAAAUUCAUCCGUCUCCACAAGUGGAAUUUCUCUGUGAAAAAAAAAAAGAAAAGCAAAACCUACCACAAAAGUAGCUUUUAUUGUACAGACGAUAGCUUCCAUCCUGUCCAUGUAAUUUACAGUACACAAGUGUUUACGUACGCACCUCAGCGUGGAGGGCAGCAGCAGAGCAAAGUGUAUGGAUCAAAGAGUGGAUCUUAUUACCUGAACUGGAUUUUGGGAAGGGGUAUCAGAAUGUAUUUUUUAUGUGAUGUGAGGUUGGAGAUGUUUGUCAUGAGCUACCUUUCAGGACCAGAGGUGUUUGUCAUGAGUAGCUAGGUAUGAUGCAAAACCCCACAACUCAUGAAUCGAAGACAUUUCAGUGUUUGGAUCAACAAACUUUACAUGUAUGAUAUUUAAUGUGGUGAUUCACUUUUUGGACUCCUUUAGAUUUAAAUUCAAGAAAAUGAUAUAAACUCAAAUCCCACCAGAGAUUAAAUAUGUAAAGCCUUAUGUAUGAAGGCCCUUAAGAAAAAACAGGUAUGACACAUGUUUUUCUUUUCUUUUAUGGAAUUGACAUUGUUUUAAUCAUCAUAUAGUCAGUAUUGGCUUAUUUGGAAAAACAUUGCAGCUUUCACAACUCAAAAGCUUUCAACACCGGGUCAGUAUUGCCUUCAUUUUCUAUCCAAAGGUUGUUAUACAACAGUUAUUACACAGUCAUGUGCAUGACUAGAGAUACUAAAAUAUUGAAGUGUGCUGUUAGCUUCUCUUUUUUCUCCAACAACAUGUAAAAACACUAAGGCAGGACACGUGGACUGUGUUGCACGUCUGAUAAAAGUGAAGAGAAACUGUGUAAAUAAUGCACAUCCUAUAUUUUCAGAGACUAUUUAUUUGUCCUUUUAUACCUCUUCUGUCAAAAUAGAAGUAAAGUAUGUUCUCUGGGGGUGGGGGAGGGGGGGGCCGAACGCCUGUAAGGUAGCUGGUGGUAGACGCCUGGCUCCCUGCACAGCCACAGGACAGGCGUGGUAGCACUUAACUUCCUGUUUGGUAAUUUAGGGAGAGCCCACCUAACAUGAUAGUAGUAGAUUAAUCACUGAUGAUACAAAAAGCAAUUUAAUCGUUUAAGUGAAAGCCGACCAUGUGUCUUAGAAAAUAAUUGUGAAGAUUUUUAAAAGCAGAUUGAGAUUUUAACCAUGCCCUAUACUGACAGGAUUGUAUGUUCUCGCCAUGUAAAUGUGUACAGAAAACUUCAAGAGGCCUUCCAAAUAUGGCAUCAUAUUUUCAUAUGUAGUGACUUUUACAGCAGUUAGCGGAACGGUUCGGUCAGCGUUAGUACAGCAUGCACAAAUCAAAACGGAGCAUGAAAAACACUAUCAGCCUCAGUAUUCGCACCUUCAGCUUCAGGAAAAAGAGAAGUGAUGACAGGGUUAACAGUCCGCUCUUUGAGGCUUCAAUAGCUCCCUGAUGGAAGACUGCUUUGAAUUCUGCUAUCAAAGCAUCAAAGCGGCCUUCCUGCGAGUUACAGAGCUCCCACAUCUACUUCACCAUCAGAUCCUGCAACGUGACACCGCAUGUCAGAAGGGAUCCUCCACACACACACACACACGCACACACAGAAAGAAAGACGAUAGCUAUUGUUUUCCUUUUUCUUGUGUUUUCAUCAAAUUCCUCGUCGUCAUCAACCGCUGUGAUGUGCUCAUCAAUCCUUGACAGAGCCUUCGAAUAGUACUUGCAAAUCAUUCUGGGCGCUUGCCGCUGCCUGCUCGGAGCGGCAGACGGGUGCAGUUUUUAAGACAAUUGCUAAAAAAGUAUUUAAAGUAGCUGAAAUCCUUUUUUUCGAAUCCAAACAUUUCCAAUCACAUGUUGCCAGACUAUCAGUGCACCUACCUUUAAGUAUAAAUCUAAAAUAAUAGUAUAAAAUAAUUGCCUGAGCACGCACAGCAUCAUAAUGUGAAGAUAGAACAGAAACAUUCACUAGAUCUAAAAAGUGUAUGUUUAGUUUUUGCAUCUGUGCAGCGGUGAUAAACACUGACCUGACUGAUUUGAAGCUGCACCAUCUAAGUUCGGUAACGGAAAGUACGUCAGUUUGACAAAAUCCAGUAGCAAUCAGCGCUUCAUCCUCCACAACAUCAGGUGUUUCUUCCUGCCCAGAUCACCUCUGACAGACUGUUUUCCCAGCGAGAUAAAACACUUAAUACAGUAUACUACGUUAUGGGUUUGCCUGUAUAGCACUGAUAUAAAGUUCAGGUAUUUUGCAACACUACAAAAGCAUGGUUUUUUUUUCCCCCUCCACCACUGGCUAAACAUUUUUGUUCCUGUGUAACUCCAGCUUCUCAUGAAUGUUCUGAUCAGUUGGGAGUCUGUUGACCUGUUCAUAGAGAGGUGUGCUCCGUCUAAAACACACCACAUGAAGGACUUUGACAAAAAAAAGAAACACACAAUCACUCACGUAGUCAAAACACAACUCACUAUCGAUUGUUUCUAUGAUAUUGUGCUCCAUAAAACAUCACGGGAUGUAUGAAUGUAUGAAUAUAUGAAUGUGGCACAGUGUACACAUGAUAUGUAAAAAAAUAAAAAUAAAAAAUGUCUGAAUUUUCAUCAUUGAAUGAACACGCAGACUGUUGAGCAGCACGGCACAAGAAGGAUUGUAAAUAUGUAAAAUAAAAAAUAAGACUGCAGGUGAUCAGAGUCUCGGUCACUCGCGGCGGUUUAUUUACCUGAAGGAUUUUUUUUUUUUUUUUGACAAAGCACAGAGUGGAGCGUUACAGAGCACAGGAAGUUUGACGCAUACGAACAUUACGCUGCCAUUUGUGAGGAUUAUAAUGCCUUAUGUUAGAUGCAAAAUUGUGCCUCAUUUUCAUAAAUUGAUGUUUUUUUGGGUUUUUUUGAGUAUCACUGAAAAUGUAUCCAUGACAUAUUUAAUGUAACCCUGGUUUUCCCAUAGUCCUAGUCUCUGUGAUGGGAAAAACAUUUACUGAGAACUUGUCAGUUACUGUGCAAGUACCUAAAGUGUGACACGAUGCUUCGACUUAAUAAUUAAUAAUCAUGAGAAUGAAUUAGUUUGAUGAGACACACAACCUGCAACAGGUUUGGUUUGUUUGCUUCAAUUUGCAGUGCUGUUACAUUGACAAUAUUAAAAUAAAGAUACUAUACACUGCUGUGACUUCGGUAUUAUGCAAUAUUUAAUAAACCAUUUAAACCAU